CCGCGCCCCUCCCGCGGCUCUGCUGCGGCCCAAGGUUCGGCCGCUGCCCCGGCUGAGCCCAAAAUCAUCAAAGUCACUGUGAAGACCCCCAAAGAGAAAGAGGAGUUCGCGGUGCCGGAGAACAGUUCGGUCCAGCAGUUUAAGGAAGCGAUUUCCAAACGCUUCAAAUCCCAAACCGAUCAGCUAGUGCUGAUUUUUGCCGGAAAGAUCUUAAAAGAUCAAGAUACCUUGCUCCAGCAUGGCAUCCAUGAUGGACUGACUGUUCACCUUGUCAUCAAAAGCCAGAACAGACCUCAGGGCCAGUCUACCACACAGCCUAGUAAUGCCGCGGGAACUAAUACAACCACAGCGUCGACUCCCAGGAGUAACUCCACACCUAUUUCCACAAAUAGCAACCCCUUUGGGUUGGGGAGCCUGGGAGGACUUGCAGGCCUUAGCAGCUUGGGUUUGAGCUCUACCAGUUUCUCUGAGCUCCAGAAUCAGAUGCAGCAGCAGCUCAUGGCCAGCCCUGAGAUGAUGAUCCAAAUCAUGGAAAAUCCCUUUGUUCAGAGCAUGCUUUCAAAUCCAGAUCUGAUGAGGCAGCUCAUUAUGGCCAAUCCACAAAUGCAACAAUUGAUUCAGAGAAACCCAGAAAUCAGCCACUUGCUUAACAACCCAGAUAUAAUGAGGCAGACUCUCGAAAUCGCCAGGAAUCCAGCCAUGAUGCAAGAGAUGAUGAGAAAUCAAGACCUGGCUCUCAGCAAUCUCGAAAGCAUCCCAGGUGGCUACAAUGCUCUAAGGCGCAUGUAUACUGACAUUCAGGAACCCAUGCUGAAUGCUGCACAAGAGCAGUUUGGGGGUAAUCCAUUUGCCUCAGUGGGAAGCAGUUCCUCUGCUGGGGAAGGUACUCAGCCUUCCCGCACAGAAAAUCGGGAUCCACUGCCCAAUCCAUGGGCACCACCGCCAGCUACCCAGAGUUCUGCCACCACCAGCACCACCACAAGCAGUGGCAGUGGAUCUGGCAGCAACUCCAGUAAUACUACUGGGAAUACUGUGGCUGCAGCUAAUUAUGUGGCUAGCAUUUUCAGCACCCCAGGAAUGCAGAGCUUGCUGCAACAGAUAACUGAAAACCCCCAGCUGAUUCAGAAUAUGCUGUCUGCACCGUACAUGAGGAGCAUGAUGCAGUCUCUGAGCCAGAACCCAGAUUUGGCUGCACAGAUGAUGCUGAGUAGCCCACUGUUCACUGCAAAUCCUCAGCUGCAGGAGCAGAUGCGUCCACAGCUCCCAGCUUUCUUGCAGCAGAUGCAGAAUCCAGACACAAUAUCAGCCAUGUCAAACCCAAGAGCAAUGCAGGCUUUAAUGCAAAUACAGCAGGGGCUACAGACACUAGCCACUGAAGCACCUGGCCUGAUUCCAAGCUUUACUCCAGGUGUGGGUGUGGGGGUGCUGGGAACCGCCAUAGGCCCUGUAGGCCCAGUCACUCCCAUAGGCCCCAUAGGCCCUAUAGUCCCUUUUACCCCCAUAGGCCCUAUUGGGCCCAUAGGACCCACUGGCCCUGCGGGCCCCACUGGUUCUACUGGCUCUGGUGGCCCUACUGUACCCACUGUGUCCAGCUCUUCACCCAGUGAAACUACAAGUCCAACAUCAGAAUCUGGACCCAACCAACAAUUCAUUCAGCAGAUGGUGCAGGCUCUGGCUGGAGCAAAUCCUCCACAGCUGCCGAAUCCAGAAGUCAGAUUUCAGCAGCAACUGGAACAGCUCAACGCCAUGGGGUUCUUAAACCGUGAAGCAAACUUGCAGGCCCUAAUAGCAACAGGAGGCGACAUCAAUGCAGCCAUUGAGAGGCUGCUAGGCUCCCAGCCUUCGUAAUUACAUUUCUUUACCUUGAAAAAAAUGUAUCUUAUUUUUGAUAAUGGCUCUUAAAUCUUUAAACACACACAAAAUUGUACUUUACUUUCAUUUUAAUUAUUUUAAGUCUGUCUAGUUGUAAAUCUAAUAAUGAUGCAUUUUAAAUUGGAGUCCCUCCUUUCCUUCUUUUCUACCCCUUUUCUGCCCCUCCCUCCACUCUUCCACCUGCCCUUCCCCUUCUCCACCUACAUUUCUCCUCCCCCUUUGUUUCUUUUCUGUUUUCUUUACUACCUUUGCAUAUUUUGGUUUCCUUCUCUGUUUUGAAUGGUGGAAAUCAAUGCUGUUUCACUCAAAGGUGUUGCAUGCAAACACUUCUCUUUAUUCAGCAUUUGUUGUGACUUUUGGAUACAGGUAUCAGCCUUCACAGUUGGGUGAACAAAUUUUGUGCUACAGAUGUCCAAUUUCUUUGCAUUUUAAACAUUAGCCUAUGAUAGUAAUUUAAUGUAGAAUGAAGAUAUUAAAAACAGAAGCAAAUAAUUUGAAACUCUAAUUUGUGGUACAAUAUUGCUUAUUGUGAUUUUGGCAUGUAUUUUAACUAGCAAAAUGCUGUAAGAUUUGUACCAGUCAUUGAUUGUUUUUGCUAUAUUUGUACACAGUACAGUAAGCACAAUUGGAACUGUACAUCUAGAAGUAUUGCAGUAGAAUCUCUGAGCAGAAUAUGUAUAACCAAAAUAAGACA